AUGUGUGUGUUUUGCACAUGGUUGUAUAUAUCAAAGAGGGAGUUCUUUUCUCUGACACAGGAGCUCUGCACCAGGCACUGCACAGCAACAGCAUCACCAAUGAAACUGCUUCCAUUCCUAGUUCUGAUUUCCAGUCUGCUGGACUAUGGCUGCACUUCUCCAAGCUGCAACAUGACAUGUCACAAGGAUGCCAGGUGUGAAGUUCAGGGUGGGACAACAGGCUGCUAUUGCUCCCAAGGAUACACAGGAAAUGGCAUAACCGUCUGUAAAGAUGAUAAUGAGUGUGAAAAUGCUACUCAGCCUUGUGGAGAGCAUGCCAAUUGCACAAACACAGAGGGAAGUUAUUACUGCACGUGUAUGUCUGGUUUCAAACCCAGCAAUGGUCAACAAAUUUUUGUUCCUAAUGAUGGAACCUCCUGCGUGGAUGUAGAUGAGUGCAGCAAUGAAGGAACUGUUGCCUGUGGAGAUCAUGCAAAAUGUGAAAACGUGGAUGGAGGGUUUAACUGCUCCUGUAAGGAAGGUUAUCAACCAUCCACAGGAAAAUUGCAGUUUAAGCCAAAUGAUGGCACUUCCUGCCAAGAAAAUCCAAAGGCCAAGUGUGAGUUAUUCAAAGACUGUGUAGCUGAACAUAUUAAUAGAACUUUAGCCAGAAUUAGUCGUUUGAAAACACCUCUGGAGAAGCUGCAAGAAAUUAAUAGAAGUACUUUGGGACCGCUUUCACCUGUAGAAGUGGUUUCAUAUGUUGAAGCACUGUCUUUCUCAUCGUGGAACACCACGAGUGACUCUGUCCCUGACAGUGAAGCCCUUCACAACACCACCAUUAACGUUUUGGUCAACACUCUGAACAAUUUUUUACAAAAAGACAAAAUUACAGUCUGGGAAGCUCUACCUGUAGAUAACCAAAGACGGAGCCUGACUAAGCUGCUGCACACUGCAGAGCAGGCAACACUUCUCAUGUCACAGGGCUUCAAAAAGACAGCCCAGCUGGAUGCUAAUGCAAGUGACAUAGCACUCAAGGUUUUUGCUUUUGAUUCACACCACAUGAAACACAUCCACCCUCAUGUAUACACGGGGGGAGAUUACAUAAAGAUCUCUCCGAAGAAGAGAAAGGAGCCUCACCCAAAUGGCACUGUUACAGUUGUCUUUCUGCGGUACAGCAAUAUCAGUUCUCUGCUUUCAUCGCCUCAAAACCGCUCCUCCAAAGAUCCUUCAGAGCAGACACAGACAGUAAGCUCAGCAGUUAUAGCUGUUGCAAUUAGCUCAAAUCCACCCACACUCUAUGAGCUUGAGAAAAUAACAUUUACCUUAAAGUAUGCCAAGACUGCAGAUAAAGACAUUAAAUGUGCAUUUUGGAACUACUCAGACACAAUGGAUGGCAACUGGGCUACAGAAGGCUGUGAGCUGACACAUUCCAACUCCACUCAUAUCUCAUGCAAAUGUAAUCAUCUGACUCAUUUUGCUGUUUUGAUGUCCUCAGGUGGCUCCGUUGGUGUUACAAAUUAUAGCAUUCUUACAAGAAUCACUCAGCUAGGAAUAAUUAUUUCGUUGAUUUGCCUCUCCAUGUGCAUUUUCACAUUCUGGUUCUUCAGUGAAAUUCAAAGCACUAGAACGACAAUUCACAAAAACCUCUGCUGCAGCCUUUUCCUGGCGGAACUUAUUUUUCUGAUUGGAAUUAAUAUGAACAAUAACAAGCUCUUCUGUUCAAUUACUGCUGGACUACUCCAUUAUUUCCUUCUAGCUGCUUUUGCAUGGAUGUGCAUAGAAGGUAUUCACCUCUACCUUAUAGUUGUGGGGGUCAUCUACAACAAGGGUUUCUUGCACAAGAAUUUCUAUGUCUUUGGCUAUGUCAGUCCAGCCGUGGUCGUUGGAAUCUCUGCUGCACUGGGAUACAAGUACUAUGGCACCACAGAAGUAUGUUGGCUCAGCACUAAGAAUAACUUUAUAUGGAGUUUUAUAGGACCAGCAUGUCUAAUAAUUCUUGUAAAUUUGUUGGCUUUUGGAGUGAUUAUUUAUAAAGUAUUUCGACACACUGCAAUGUUAAAGCCAGAAGUCAGUUGUUAUGAAAAUAUAAGAUCCUGUGCUCGAGGUGCCCUUGCUCUCCUGUUCCUCCUUGGGGCUACCUGGAUUUUCGGGGUCCUCCAUGUGGUCCAGGGAUCUGUGGUUACUGCCUAUCUUUUCACAAUCUUCAAUGCAUUCCAGGGGAUGUUCAUCUUCAUAUUUCUUUGUGUAUUGUCUAGGAAGAUUCAGGAGGAGUACUAUAGAUUGUUCAAAAAUGUUCCUUGCUGUUUUGGUUGCUUGAGAUAA